AUGUAUGUAAAAAUUGAGAGUGAGAGAUUGAGAUUCAUAAAGUUUAAUCAAGCCAAACUCCGCGCGGAGGAACAUAUACAUUUGCGUGAUGCAGUACUUGGUAAUGUAGAUGCAAUGAAUGAUAUUAGUCAUAUUGGUACUGCAUAUAUUCUUCCAUCUUCUUAUAUUGGAAGUCCGCGACAUAUGCAGGAGUACAUUCAAGAUGCUAUGGCUUAUGUUCAUGCAUAUGGCAGACCUGAUCUGUUCAUUACCUUUACGUGCAAUCCCAAAUGGAAUGAAACAAAAAAAUUGUUGAUGCCGGGACAAACAACGAUGGAUAGGCAUGAUAUAACUGCGCGAGUUUUUAAACAGAAGUUGAAAUCAUUGAUGAAUUUGAUAACGCAUCAUUCUGUUUUUGGUGAAACACGCUGUUUGUUAUACUCAGUAGAAUGGCAAAAGAGAGGAUUACCCCAUGCACAUAUUUUGUUGUGGUUAGUUGAUAAGGUACGUUCUGUAGAGAUUGACAAUAUUAUCUCAGCAGAAAUUCCUGAUAAAAAUGUUGAUGAGAAAUUGUUCGAUAUUGUAACUACUAACAUGAUACAUGGUCCAUGCGGUACACUCACCAUUAUGUCACCAUGCAUGGUGAAUGGAAAAUGUACAAUACAUUUUCCAAAAUCACUUCAAAACGAUACUAUCACCGACAUUGAUGGUUACCCCGCUUAUCGGCGACGUGACGUUGACAAUGGUCGACAAUGUUUUGGAUUGCGACUGUCGAAUGGCGGGGUAAUAGAUGUUGUUAAUCGAUGGGUAGUUCCUUAUUCGUCUUUGUUAUGCAAAACCUAUAAAGCACAUAUAAAUGUCGAACUGUGCAGCUCGGUGAAGUCAAUAAAAUACAUAUGCAAAUAUGUUCAUAAAGGGAGCGACAAAGCGAUAUUUGCAAUUAAAAGUAUUAAUGAGAAUGAUGAAAUAACUCGAUAUCAAAUGGGUAGAUACGUCAGUAGCUAUGAAGCUAUCCGGCGUAUUUUUGGUUUUCCCAUACAUGAAAGGAAACCACCUGUGGUACAUUUGGCUGUGCAUUUGGAGAACGGUCAGCGGGUAUACUUUACAGAAAACAAUAUAUUACAACAAGCUUUGACUGCUCCGAAGACUACUCUAACUGCAUUUAUAAACUUUGUAAUAGAUCAGAUAUUGCUGGAAGAUUUGCUACAACAUUAUUAUAUACAGAUAUACCUAAAUAUUUUACAUGGGAUAAAAAUCAAAAGAUUGGGUACCUAG